GUUGCCUGCGCAAUUAAUAAAAAUUCAAAAGAUGUAGUAAAUGAUUUCAUAGCUAAUCUGAAAAUAGGAAAAGUAAAUUCUAUGAACGAUAUUGGUUUUCACAUGCCUCUUAAUAUUCUUCAAAAAUAUUUUGGAACAAAUCCAUUAAUAGAUUUUAAAAUACCAAGUCACGAAAUAACAACUUCUCAAUUAAAUCCACAACAUUUAAUAAUACAUUUAAAUAAACAUGAGUUUAUUAACGACAUACUUAAAAAUAAUAUUGAUAUAACUUGUCAACAUUGUAUACAGAAUUCUAAACCUUCCAUCAUUGAUUUUAGUUCUCCAAACAUUGCAAAGCCAUUUCAUGUUGGUCAUUUACGUUCAACUAUUAUUGGAAACUUUAUUUCUAACUUAAAAAAUUUUAUCAAUGGCCGUGUUAUACGCAUUACCUACUUGGGUGACUGGGGACCUCAGUUUGGUUAUACCCUACUAGGAUUAGAACAAAUGAAACCAGAUAUGUCUAAUAACGAUAUGACAAUAGAAUCUUUACACAAUGCGUACAUAUUAGCCAAUCAAAUGGCAAAAAAUGACUCGAGCAUUCAUAAUAAAGCUAAAUCUAUAUUUAAAGAUUUAGAGUGUGGUAAUUCUACCUCUGAUAUUAUUAACUUAUGGAAUGAAUUUAGAUCAAUCACUAUUAAUGAAUUAGAAGUUAUUUAUAAGAGAUUGGGAAUAGUCUUUGAUGAAUAUGAGUGGGAAUCAAAAUAUUCAAAAGAAAAAAUUCAAGAUGUUCUAGAUCAGCUCAAUAAAAUUGGCUUAUUAAAACGUAAAGAAGAUGGAUCUACUGUUGUGCUUUCUAAUAAUCAAGAAAUCACAAUUUUAAAAAACGAUAACUCUACAUUAUACCUCACACGAGAUAUUGCUGCAGCACUUAAACGCCACAAAUGUUAUGGUGCUGAAGAUUUAUUUUAUGUUGCUGAUAAUACUCAAGGCAAACAUUUUUACUUACUAAAAUCCAUAAUUGCACAAAUUAAUUCAAAUAUAAAUGUGCAUCAUAUUCCAUUUGGAAGGAUACAUGGUAUGAGCUCAAGAAAAGGCGAGGGAAUAUUGUUAAAUCAACUUCUAAAUCAGGCAAAAUUCACUAUGAACUUGAAAAGAAAAUAUUCUGAAACUACCAAAAGUAAUUCAAUGGAUGAUAAUGAAGUCGCAGAUAUAUUAGGAAUAUCUGCUAUAAUAAUAAAUGAUCUAAAACAAAAACGAAAAAAAGAUUACAAUUUUUCUUGGGAGUCAGCAUUACAGGUGCAGGACCCUGCUUUCAUUUAA